AGCAAGUGGGCCAACGGCGCCAAGAAGCCCGUCCCCGUGUACGAGGCCGGCGUGGAGGAGGGGAAGGACCGCUACGUGCUCGACCAACCCACCAAGUACCGCGGAAGCAACAUGUCCAAGAUUUCCGUUCAGUCUCUGUUCAGCCGCCACAACCGCCGCAAGCUGGACGAACUCCCCUACCAAGUCCUGCAGCUCAGGGGCCGCAUCCUGGAGGAGUUCGUGCUGAAGUUCGACUGGGUCUACGAGAAGCUCUGCGGCUCGGAUACGUACCAGGUACUGGAGGACGUGUCGCUGGCCCUCAGGAACCACAGCAACAACAUCGAACUCGUCCUGCUCAAGGAGGUCCUCGAGCUCGCCGCCUACGGCCUCGGCUACGACGGCAGGCAGUUCUACUCGCAGGUGUACGGGCGGCUGUCCACGCUGAUGUCGGACCCGCAGAACCACGAGACGUACCCCAUCAUCAAGGAGCUGUACGACACGGCCGCCCGCGCGCCCGUGCCCUGCCUGCUGCCCCUCACCGUCUGCUUCCACGAGCCCUUCCAGGACCAGAACAUGAAGCUCGGCGACGGCCAGGUCUACUUCAACGCCCUCAUCCGCGCCCGCCACAACCCGCACUACGUCAUCACCCUCAGCACCGACCGAGGGGAGAUCGCCGUCUGGAACAUCUUCACCAUGUCCCCGGUGCGCACGCUCACGGGGAUCACGCAGCCGAGGAAGCUGAAGAUGAUCGACGACUACCGCUGCCUGGUGCUCUGCGGUCGCGAACUCCGCAUCUACAACUUCGACGAGGGCCUCUUCGUCAUGAAGCUGCGCGAAGUCAUGAACCAGAAGAUGCCUUUCUUCGGCCUGCAUGACAAGGACCACGUGGUGGCCCUUUCCCGCUCGCGCAUGUACGUCAACAUGAUGAACCUCCAGAACGGCGACUGCGUGGCCACGUUCAAGGUCGGCGAGGACAGGUUCCUCAACAGCCUGAUGGUCUCCGAGAACGGCAAGAUCUGCGUGUGCGGCGACGAGACUCAGAAGCCGUCGGCGCUGCUGGUGUGGGACCUGGAACUGCGCAAACUGAUGUACGACCUGCGUAUUCCGCACCACGAGUUCAUCACGCGUCUCGCAGCCAUCACCAAGGAGGGCCACUACGUCUCCUGCGUGUGCCGGGAGGUGGACGAGCCAGCGCCCAACUUCAUCGUGGUUUACGACCUCCAGAGCGGGACUCUCUUCAAGAAGUGGAAGCCCGGAGUCAACAUCAUCUCCAUCGCCAUCUCCUCAGCAGGAGGCUGCGUGGUCGUGGGCCUUGAGGACUCAAAGCUCAUGGCUUAUGACCUCAUCACCGGUAAUCCCCGCUGGACACUGAAGGGCCACACAGCGCCUCCGAACACCAUUAGGUUGGACAACCGAGGUCUUCAGUGCCUCACCUUCGACUCCCUGGGUAGAGAUCGCUCUGUCAGGGUGUGGGACAUUCACACAGGAAACAGCCUAGCAGUGUUGACCCCUGACCAAGCUAUCACAGCGUGCGAGAUUUCAAGCGAUGGAAAAGCAGUCGUCAUGGCUCUUGAGGGACGCAAUGAAAUCGUCACCUUCCUUUUGUGCCACCAAACGGGUGUGGACGAACGACCAACACCAAAGUCAUAUGGCAAUGACACCAACCGUGGCAAAGUCUUUGACCUUAGCCAAGCUGGCACGUGGCCGAUGUCUGGAGAUGCGGAGGAGAACAUGCUGUGGAGUUAACUCACCUUGUAGCUGUAUAUAUAUAAGAGAUAAGGAUAAAUCUAGACAUAAGACAUAAAAUAUAUAUAUAUAUAUAUAUAUUUAGGUAUUCAGUGUGCAAUACUAGGUACCUGAAUCUUCAUUUUCUUUUUCUUGUUUCUGCCAUUGAUACUGAAUGUUUGUUUUUAACUCUAGUGUGACUUCUUUUCUUUAAGCGCUGUAAAAAGACCUGUAUUUGCUUCUGCUAAAAAAAUAUUUCAAGUCUAAAUAUGAUAUAGAUUUGUGUAAGCAUUUUAUACUCUAUUGUUUUCUUGAGUCGUAAGUGGUGUUAUUUUUGCGUUAAUAAGAUCUAUAAGCGAUGAGAUAACAAUUUAUGUAAAGUAAAUUAAUGAGUCUGAGCCAAUGCUAUAUCAUAUCUAUAUUUUAAUACAGUCACAUAGGUUAAGGUGUAAAGUAGGCAGCCUUUAUUUUCAAAUGUAAUUCAUCUUUCUUGUUUUCUUUUCAUCGUAUUAUGAUAUGAAGUGUACCAUGUUUUCCAAAUUCAUUUUUAGUGUGCAGUACUUUUAAAAGACAGUGUAUAUUGUUGAUGCAUGAUGAUUAUUGUGUCAGACAUUGACAAUUACGAGGAAAAGGUGUUGAUGCAAUGAGCACUUUUGCAAAUGGUUACUGGAGUCACAGAGCCUUGCAAGUGAGUCCAACUUUUGAUUUAUACUUGAUCAACCUUUUACAGAAUGUUGCCUUAUAUUUUUAUUUUACUUCUGUCUUUAUUGAAGGUAUGGUAGUUCUUGAAUUUAUUAUUAUGAUAAUUAAGAAUCUGUGAAUCUGAAUUCUUACUGUACUUGCACAAAGAAAGCAUAUUAUGUAGUGCCAGUGGGAUGCAGAUCAGAAAGCCAUUAUAUCUUGUCAUGGGGGUAUGUGUUGCCAUGGCAUCGUUUAACGGUGGAGCGAGAAUGUGUAGAAACGGCAGGAAUUUGAUUGUGCUGAAUUCAUCAGUAAACUGCAGAGUGGUAUCUUAUGGGGUAUAUGCUGAAAAAUAUUCUUGAUACUCUAUUUUUAGAGGGAUAAGUUUAUUUUAUGUAUUUUCAUAUUGCUCCUGCAUUUUGCAUAUUGUGUAUUGCUUUUUAUGCAUUACAUAUCUGUUACAUAGAGUGCUGUUUUCUCUCUUUGAAGGAAUGCCAUGUCUUACACUUGACAGCCCUUAUAGAAAUAUCAGAAGGAAUGACCUUGUUAUUUGACCUAGAGGAAUGUUAAAUAUAAUUUUGACUUGAGAGGAAUGCUAGAUAUUAUUUGACAUAACAUUGAUUAUAUGACCUAGGAGGAAUGUUAGAUAUUAUUUGACCUAAUGUUAAUUAUCUGACCUAAGAAUAGUGUUUGAUAUUAUUUGACCUAAUAUAAAUUAUUUGACCUUAGCUGAAAGUUGUUAUUUGACCAAAGAGGAGAAUUAAAGAAAAAUCCUGAAGACAAAUUCCAAAUCAAAGGCCUCCACUUUGUUUCUACACUUACUCUUACUGUCUCCUAGCUAUUGCACUUAGGACUUAGAGAGAGAGAGAGAGAGACUGCAUGUUCAAGCCAGUCACACACACUCACACACACACAUGAAAAAAAAAAAUAUGUUGUACAUGUUUCAUUAAACAGGAUUCUGUA